GUUAAAUCUGCACCAUCUCAUGCGAAUCUGUCUGUUUUCUUCGUUAUCUUUGCUGUUUGUUCUCACAUAUUUUAAUGAUCUAGCUUCUCAACUUCAUCUAGUCACUGCCUGUGAUUACUUUCUCAGUAAUCAGUUUUCACAAAGCCCCCCCAGAGGUCGGUUGCAGAAAACAAGAGAGAAGAGUGGGUUAACUGGAUCGAUAUGUAACAAGCUUUAACUGAUUAGAGCAGACCAAAUUAUGAUAACCUUCCCAAUUACAAAAAGGGUUUAAAAAAUAAAAAAGAAAGGCCAAUCCUGACAUAGUCAGUAAUAUUUGUCUUCCUUUGUUCCUCAGUUGGAUUCUGUGAAGAAACGAUAGGGGUGUGGCCGACUCUGGCUUCUGUUGGAGGGAAAAAUGAUGGCUUCCAGAUUUAUAGCAAAUAGUUCAGGUUUCGUUAAUCUUGGUAUUCCUAAACUACCAUUUCCUACACAGAAGUCUAGUGCCACUGGAUUUGGAGAUUCUAAUAGAAAUCGGUUUGUUUCAGGGAGGAUUUGGGGAAGACGUAAUUGGUGUUCGUUUGCUGCACUUACCCACAUCAAAUGUGCUGCUUCAUCCGGAAGGAAUCAACAAGAACUUAGGUUUAGCGAGGAUGAGUACCGCUCUGAGCCCUUUUGGUCAUCUCUUAUUAAAGAAGCAAUCUGGGCCUUGAGAUCUUUGCUUGUAUUUCUGCUUGAGCAGCCCGGACAGCUGAAGUAUAUAGAGUGGCCAAGCUUCCAAAGCACGGUUUGUAUUCUAAAACCUGAGUUAGUUUCUUCAACAAAUUUAAUGCUUCUUAAAAUCUCUUUGAAUAGUUCAAUGUGA